UCUCACAGAACCAUUAGGAAAUCCACCUGCACCUCAGCAUCUUUUAAACAUUAAAACCAGUAUCCUCAUGUAGUAUAUUUUAAGUCCUGCUUAGGAAAAUUGUUUCAUUAAAAGCUUAAGGAUGAUUCAAGGUGUUCUCAUUUCUCAAUGGGAAGGCACCGGAACAUCUGAAGUGAAAAGCACAAAUGUCAGAUUCAGUGUGCCCAAGAUGGUGAUAUUUACAUUCCAUCAGUGGACUUUCUUUCUUCAGUCUGGCGCAUUUCUUGAAUGUUACAUCAAAGCCAAACCUUUUUGUUCAAUUAAAAAAUCCAAGAAGAACCUAAGGUGUAUUGGAGUGCUUAGAGAGACCGUGUGACUGUUGGUAAGGAUUUUCCUGCAGUCACUGUCAGGUGGAAUACAGGGUGAGAUGACUGGCUUAGUCCAAAUUGGGAAUUAAGUGGACCAGCUUCAACCUGGAUUUCCUCAGCAAACUUACUGUGAUAGACAGCUUUCUCUCAUGGGUAGAAUGCAGGUGUUCCAAGAAAAGGUAGGGCAAAAGGGAUAGAGAUCUGAUGAUGUGUCACCCUUGCUGACUGAUGUUAAUAGGAGCUAAGGAGUCUGUUCCUAGUGAGCACUGUGAGCCUCCCUAAAACACUACACAGCUCCUGAAAGUGGGCUGCUCACCCCCUCAAAUGUAGGCCUUCACUGAAGUAUUAAUGCCUUUAAUUGAUGUCUAUCAGAACAUGUCCAAAGAAAACCUGUUUGAAAAACAGCUAUAAUAGAGGAUGCAUUAAAGAUGUAAUGCAGUUAUUUUUAAAUAGUCCAAAGUAGCUCCUUAAUGAGAAUGAGAACAUUUGCAUAACACUUGAAGAACUCAAAGAUGACAAUACCCUGCAACCUGUGGGGAAAUGAGUUAUCAGCAGGGUUUGAAUGUGUUUCUUAGAAGAAAAUCAAUCACAAUUUUUUUCUGAUUCCAUGAUCUGAUUAAUAUAAAAGUGAAUGGGAAACCCCUGAAUUGUAGGAUCUUGCAGCCCAUGCUGGGGAAAGCAAAGCUUGCAUUAUAGUAUUGUCCUUUUUCAACGUGUUAUUGUGCUUUUCUGUAUUAGGGCUUUUUGAACCUUUGCUUUCUGUAAGAAAUAUAUCAGUGGUUUACUUUUUAAGAAAAUGUGGCAAGGAGAGGGAGGAGCUGGGCACCAUUAUUUAAAUAAAGUGUGUCUUAAAUGUUAAGUUACUGUCACUGGCUAUUAAUUCUAACAUUUUGCUUUAAAAUCUGUGUGACUUUUUGGGUUUGCUCAUGUUUCGGUGUGUCCAACAUUUCUUGUGCAGUAUUACAUUGAUUUUGCAGGAAGACUUAUGCAGAAUAAGUAUUACAUAAGCAACUGUAUUUAAGCAGAGCUUGACACCCUUUUGUGUAUUUCAGAGAUAAUCCGUAAAACAAAUUUAUUCUGUCAAUCAUAAAAAUCCAGACAAAACCAACUUUUGCUGGUAGUGUAUGUACAAUGUAUAUUGAAGCCUCCCUUUUGAAAUGGUUUUCUCAAUCCUUUUAAUUUCAUAGGUGAGGUUAUUUUAGGAGUCAUUUCUAUGUAUCCUAAACUACAUUGAUUUAAUCCAUGUGAGCUAAUAUAGCAUAGAAGUCCUAUCAAUCUGUGUAGCAUUUUGCCUAGCACGCUGCAAUCUUGCCUAAGAAAUUGGUAUACUAAACUUUUUAUUUUUAAUCAGUAGUUCUUUGCAGUGCUUUUAGAAUUGCAAAUGUAAACAGUGUGACAUCAACCAGUUAUGGUUCUGGCUAUUGUGGAUUGUGGACAUUAUGGAAUACCUGCAACUGUACAGCAGCCUUUUCCUGUAAAUUGAUACUUUUAUGUUUUUCCUGCUGUGAAUUCAGUCAUGAACAAAGUUACUAUAGUAACUAUUUGAGAGGUAUUACAACAUGCUCUAUUUAAUCAGCCAGUUGUCCAGAAUAAUUAAUGCUGAAAGGUAAGCAAGGUCUGUUUCUGUUGUUUUGUCUAGUGAAAAGCAUUAACCUUAACUUUUUAUUCUUGAUUUUAUGAUAGACAAACAUUCUGAAACUUAAAUUGUUGCAUCAAGACCCAGUAUUACCACAAUGUUCAAACCACUGUGAUUUUUGUCUUCCUGGCCUCAGGAUACAAGACAAGAAAUAGAUCAGAAUUUGGAGUUUAUAUGAAAUAGGAAGUAUUAAACUGAAAUGAUGGUGGAAAAUUAUGUGAACAGUCUUGUUGCUGUGCUUUAAACCUGAAAGGUAACUGAAACAUAUUUCAAAUAGGACAUAGGUGUACAGAAUGUAAGUGAUGAAGACUGGGAGCCUCGUAGCCUAGGAUAUGAGGUAGGUUCAGUAGCCCAGACAGGAAAUUACAGGAGCUGGAGACGUGUCAGAAACAGCUCAUCUCUUACUCCUGCUCCUCACUGAUCAGAGAUGGGGAAGGUGAAUGUAUUGAAAAUAGUGAGUACAUCUGUUUGUUACAUAAAUCUACCAUAUUUUAUAUAUUCUAGGGACAGACUAAAAGAGCAGUUGCAUAAUAAGAUAGUGCUUUUCUUGUACUGAAUGACUCGUGUAGUUUUGUAUUAGUGACUGCCCUGAGUCCUUCUCAAACAACUUUGUCUCUGAAAUGUAGGUAAGAUUUCUUCCUCAAUAAGAAGGUUGCCUUUUAGUGAACUGAAGGAGCUUUAAAGAUUCGAAUAAUCUCUUGAAGUGGUUUAUACAGGCUAUACACAAUACCCAUUUUUUUAGGAAUUAAUUUUUCCUUAGUUGUAUUACAUGAUUCUUUACUUGCACUGUGCUGUGGUUCAGAAAGAUGUUACAUUAUUUUGAUAUGUUGGACAAGCCUGUCUUCCUGGAAGAAGAAAUUAAUGUUCUUAGAAUUCUCUUACUUCCUUUCAGUCCUUGUUCCUCCAGCCCCAUCAAGAGAGAUCUUGAAAGCUGCUGAAUAUAAAAUACAUCUCCUUAGGUACUGUGGAAAGCCUGUCACUAAUUCCUGAAGCAUUUGUGUCCUGCAGCUGACUGGAAGCAUUUCUUAACCCUGUUUUGACAGUGGCCAGUCUGAAAGAAUUCUGAAUACAAGAUCACCAUCUUCUGCUUUAAAGCAAAUGAGAAGAGGAACGUUACUGCUGUGUAUCUCUUGGAACAUGUGUCUUUCCUUUGGAUACAAAUGAUGUAUUUCAUUCCCUAUUGCAUUGGACAAUUCAAUUAAUUUUAGAAAACAAAAAUUUCAACUCUUCAGUUUUUUGGAAGGGUGGCUGCUGGCCAGUUAGAACUCAUGUUUUCUUCUGAUAAUUAUCUUUGAAUGCAGUUCUGCAGUGUUCCCUUCUGAAGUCUUCACAUACAUAUCUUUUCCUAAGGUUUUUGCAAGUGAAAAGGUUUGUGCUGUAUAACACACUUGGCAGUUGAAUUAUUUUGCUUUAAAAGAAAGUAUUGUUUGUACACAGUCCUUAAUUACCAGAACUUAAAUAUAAAACUUAGUUAUGAGUAACUCCUCUGUAUGCUGCUGUUCAAUUCUAUGCUCUGUGUUUCUGGCUGAAAAUCAUGCAGAUUAUUGGUGUGCUAAUAAAGUUAACUUGUGUUUCUAGCCCAGAUGUCAGAGCAUUUCUUCAGAUGGACAACCCAAAGCACCAGUCGGAUCCAUCUGAAGAUGAAGAUGAAAGGAGCAGUCGGAAGUUAAACUCUACCUCACAGAAUAUCAACCUGGGACCAUCUGGAAAUCCUCAUGCUAAACCAACAGACUUUGAUUUCCUGAAAGUUAUUGGGAAAGGCAGCUUUGGCAAGGUUCUUCUUGCAAAACGAAAACUGGAUGGGAAAUACUAUGCUGUCAAAGUGUUGCAGAAAAAAAUUGUUCUCAACAGGAAAGAGCAAAAACAUAUUAUGGCUGAACGUAAUGUGCUUUUGAAAAAUGUGAAACAUCCAUUUUUGGUUGGAUUACAUUACUCAUUCCAAACAACAGAAAAGCUUUACUUUGUCUUGGAUUUUGUUAAUGGAGGAGAGCUGUUCUUUCACUUACAAAGAGAACGUUCCUUUCCUGAACACAGAGCCAGAUUUUAUGCUGCUGAAAUAGCCAGUGCACUGGGCUACUUACACUCCAUAAAUAUAGUGUACAGGGAUUUAAAACCAGAAAACAUUCUCCUAGAUUCACUAGGUCAUGUUGUGUUGACAGACUUUGGACUUUGUAAAGAAGGGAUUGCAACUUCUGAUACCACUGCAACUUUCUGUGGGACCCCAGAAUAUCUUGCACCAGAAGUCAUUAAAAAGCAGCCCUAUGACAACACAGUAGACUGGUGGUGCCUUGGUGCAGUUCUUUAUGAAAUGCUUUAUGGGCUGCCUCCUUUUUACUGCCGUGAUGUUGCUGAGAUGUACGAUAAUAUUCUUCAUAAACCCCUGGUUCUGCGCCCAGGAAUCAGUCUUACAGCCUGGUCUAUCCUGGAAGAACUUUUGGAGAAAGAUCGGCAAAGCAGACUUGGAGCAAGGGAAGACUUUCUUGAAAUUCAGAAGCACCCAUUCUUUGAAUCUCUCAGCUGGACUGAUCUUCUUCAGAAGAAGAUUCCGCCACCAUUUAAUCCUAAUGUGGUUGGACCUGAUGAUAUUGGGAAUUUUGAUGCAGUGUUCACAGAAGAAAUGGUCCCAUACUCAGUUUGUGUUUCUUCUGACUACAACAUUGUUAAUGCCAGUGUCCUAGAGGCAGAUGAUGCAUUUGUUGGAUUUUCUUACGCACCACCUUCUGAAGAUGGGUUUUCCUAGGAACUUAGAAGCAGAGAGUGGUUUGGAAGUUUUGGGUUGAACUGAAAUGUUAGGAUUAUGGACACAUUCCGAAAUAGCGUAAAUAGUGCCUCGUCUUGUAUGUAGGUUUGAAACCUAUGAACAGACUUUCUCUGCUGUAUAGGAGGAAUUUGGGCAUUUUGGAUGGCUUUCUUUGGGGUUUGAACUGUUUGUUCCUGCUGCAGAAAAUAUUUUUUAAAACCUUUAAAAAGCAUUCUCUACAUAUUUUUUAAGCAAAAACACUGACUGUUCUCCUCAAUCCCUUUGAGUUUACAUUCAUACCUAUCUAAUUUGGCUGGCACAAACAGCAGCAAAUUUAGUAAAUUUAUAAAUGCUUUUGUACUUAUUUACAGUGACUUUGUGCUUGAAUUGUAACUAUGCAAAUUGUAUUUUGUAUAUCCUGGUUUAAAAAAAGGUAAAUGUUUUCCCUGUUACCAGUUUGGAGUAUGUGUUAAUUUACCUGUCAGCACUUAAAUGAUGUAAGUUAAGGACCAAGAAUCUUAAGGACUUCUGCAGAAUGAAAACUUGGUUACAUAAAACUGGAUUGUUGCUCUUGCACUUGCUGAAGUACCCAUUGACUCAACUGGAUUGUCUGAGGUAUGGGGGAUUACUCAAAGCAAGGACGGAACAAAUUAACUGGAUUGAUUUGAUAACAUUACUUAUUACGUGUUCUACUUUUCUUUCUUCCCUAAGUAUGUCUAUAUUUCAACUACAUUAAAAGUAUUUUUGGUUAAA